ACCCUGAAAGCCUAGCCAUACGAAGUAUCCGGCGGCGCCGCGCAUCCUUCAUUGACCUUCCGUCAGCAACCCUCGUGUUCUCCGUUGAUUGGCAUGGCUUCUCUGAGAUCAACACUCCGCAUUCCUUCCCGGCACCCCAGUAGCAGAAAUGGAAUCAGUUAUAUUCCUUUUAUUAUAUGAAAUAGGUUUUGGAAUUUGGAUGAUGUUUUGUAGAAACUAAGAAUUCAGCUGCUGUAAGAACAGAGCCAUUAGUGGUCGGAUCUGGUGGCCAUGUGUACUGUAAAUCAAACUGUUUGCGAGAUUCUGAAGUGCUGCAUCAAAACCAACAAUAUCAUGUUUGGAUCGACCAUCAUCCUCUCACUCCUCCAAGUGUCUCUCAGUCGGAAAAAAUGGCGACCUCAAUGACGGCGGACAGGGCAGUGUUGUUCCACCACCUAGGAAGCGCAACACUGCACCCGGGGUUAGGAAGGUGGAGAGUUGGAUUUAUGAUCCCGUCAAUCGGAAGACUUGCCAUCAGUAAGCUUGAUUGAUUGUGAGAUUGAUGUGCUGCAAGGAGCUUGUAGUGUUGGCAGAAGACCCUGGAUCUUGUGGUAGCAUGCAAGUUUCAGAGGAUUACCAAACGAUGCCCGAUUAUGUAUUGUCACAAGUGUCUCUGAACAGAUACGGCGAGAGGGCUGAAGAAGUAGUGAGUUUGGAGCAGUGGACUUGCCCCAAAUGCAGGGGCAUUUGCAACUGCAGCUUUUGCAUGUGAGUCUUCUGAAUUAUUUUUGAAUGACUAAUUUGCAGCAUUUUUCUGAUGGCGUAAUUAUGCAUUGAGAGGAGAAAAAGAAAUGAUAAUCCCACUGGUGUUGCCGCAAAGAAAGCAAAAGCUAGGGGAUUUUCCUCAGUCGCUGAAAUGCUAGUUAAAAUGACGCCCCAAGAGAGAGCUACUGAAAAGGUAGCUUCGGAAUCUGAUUUUUGGUUGCCAGAUUGAUAAUAUGCUCUCCCUUUGAGAUUUGUAGGCCCGUUUGUCCGAGGAGAGGGUUCUACCUCUGGCGAGAAGAAGUCAAUUGAUCCUUAUACUCGUCAGAAAAGAAAGCCAGAUUGUGGUACAAAACAUGAUCCUGAAGGGAAUGGUUCAUGUGGUCUUCCCCUGCCAGAGGGAGAAACGGUGAGCAGUGUGGGUGGAGUUGACUUACCCACAGAAGAUGCUGGGAAUGCCAUUCAGUUGAUGGAAUUUUGUGCUUCUAUUGGCGAGGUGUUGGAUAUUAAAGAGAAGCAAGCAAAACUUAUUCUUCAAGAUAUUUAUAAUGUCAGAACUGGACGCAAAGGAAAUAUUUCUUCUAAUGUCCUGUUUCAUGUUAACCUCCUCUCCCAUUUACUGGAGCAUCAAGGGGAAGAGUCUGUGGAGCUCAGCACAUCAGAUAGGGAGAACUCAUGGUUUAAUGUGCUCAAGAAAUGCUUGUCUCCAUCCCAAAGUGUUCUUAAAGCACAGAGAGUUGAUUCUCUGGAGACCACAGAUAAUUAUGAUACUUUCACUGCUUCGGAAAAGCUUAGGCUUAUAAACAUUCUCUGCGAUGAAGCCCUUGCAACCGAAAAAAUGAGGAGUUUGAUGGAAGAAGAUAAUGCAAAACUUUCCAGCAAGGUCAAGGAAGCUAAACAAAAAAUUAAUGCGGGAAUGGAUAAGGAGAAGCAGUUGAAGCAGAAAAUGAAAGAUGAUAUUGCCCAAGCAAUUUCUGUCAAAGAGGGUGCCCCGCUUUCCAUUUCGGAGCAUGAAGCCGUUGUUUCUGGUACCAAAUGUGAGAUGGAGCAGGCUCGGGCUGAGGUCCUCAAGUGAAAGGGCAUGCUUUCAAAGA